ACUACCGUGUGAGGCUUCAUGCAGUACCACUAGUGCGCAGAAAUUCUGGCGUAAUCUGCAGAGCUGUGAGGGUUGUGGGAAUCUACAUCCAGUGCUUUGUCUAAUACAACUUGCUCAGUGCAGUUACCUAUUUGGAAAUCUCAAAAAUAAAGGUCUGCAUUGUCUUUUCGACCUACCUUUGCUGUGAUAAGAGAAAAUGCCACAAGCAAGUUCUUGACACUGUUUAUUAAACGCAGAAAGCCAUAGCGGCUGUUCUGUGUUUUGUCUGAGUUGCAUACCGUCCGUGAAAAUCUAAUCCUAACCCAGGAGUGGAAGCUGAAGGAGGUGUUUCGAAAAUUACCUACACACAUUGACAUAACUGCUGAUGUACGUUAAGAUUUGUAAAUUAAUUCAAAAAUGACAUCUUUUCUGGGAUUUCUGACCCUGUUGAUUGUGAAAUAUGUUGCGGCUGAUGCAGGCAUUCGGGAUGGUAUCACUGCUGACUUUUCUGUGAAAGUUUACCAUCACUUGCGGUCACUGGAGAAAGAUGGCAACAUUUUUUACUCCCCAUUUAGUAUUGCUAAUGCCUUAGGAAUGGUUGAGCUUGGUGCUGGGAGUACAACUCUUGAGCAAAUUCAACGCGCCAUGGGCUACAACUACUUGCAAAAAGGUGAGGAAUUUGACUUGUUGCGGGACCUGUCUCAAUCCAUGAAAGCAGACAGCCAGCAGUAUGUAGUGAAGCUUGUCAACUCGUUGUUUGUGGAGAAAGGAUUUCAACUGAGUGAUAAGUUCCUUCAAAUGCUUAAAGAAUAUUUCAGUGCCAGUGUUGAAAGUAUCGACUUCAGCCAGCCUUCUUCUGUGGCUGAUCAUAUCAAUGAGUGGGUGCAGAAUCAAACCAAUAAUAAGAUACCGAAUCUCCUAUCACCAAAGGACUUCGAUGCUUUAACUCGGCUAGUCCUUGUUAAUGCAAUUUACUUCAAAGGAAACUGGAAGUCUGAAUUUAGAGGGGAGAAUACCCGCACAUUUCAGUUUACCAAAGAUGACGAAAGCGAAAUCCAGAUACCCAUGAUGUACCAACAAGGAGAUUUCAAUUACGGUGAAUUCAGUGAUGGCUCAAAUGAGGCAGGAGGAGUGUACCAAGUUUUAGAAAUGCCUUACGUUGGCGAUGAGAUGAGUAUGAUGAUAGUUCUUCCAAGACAAGAAGUACAACUGGCUACCUUAGAACCACUUAUCAAAACUCAACUAAUUAAUGAAUGGGCAAACUCCGUAAAGAAGCAGAAGGUUGAAGUAUAUCUGCCAAGAUUCAAAAUGACACAGAAUAUUGAUUUGAAGGAAGUUCUCGCUGGCCUAGGAAUCUCUGAAAUGUUUGGUGCUGAGGCUGACCUUUCAGUAAUGACUGGUAAGUAA